CGAAUAGAACAACAAGAACAUGUGAUUCACAGAGCGAUCGUUAUCCGUUGUGCGUUACAAAGCAAUAUCAUUGUACUCGCAACGUUUAGUUUGCAGUGAACCACUCUAGCAAUCGUAACAAAUCAAACAAUUCUAUUUCCUAGUUCGGUUUUUGCCGUUGAAUUUUCUCUCUCCUUCGUUUGCAGUGAUACAAAUGUUUUUAGCAUUUAAUUGUUAUUGUUAGGUGAUGAUUAAGUGAUUUUAUUUUGACGAGAGAAAAAAUAAUUUAAAAUAUUUCUCCAAAACAACAGGAGUAGAAUGGGUCAGUUCAUCAGCAGUAGGAAUUCAUCAAAACAAGAUGAUCGAGGUGGAUUAAUUCUUUACUAUCAUCCGUUAAGUUUUUAUUCGCAAAAAGUGCUGUUUGUUUUACAUGAGAAAAACAUUCCAUGCACUUUAUACGAAGUAGACGUUGCAAACGGCGAACAAUGUUCCAGUUGGUUUAUGCAAAUGAAUCCAAAAAUGGACGUACCUGUUCUACAGGAUGAUACACUUGUGGUACCAUCAUCAAACCAAAUUAUUAACUAUUUAGAAGCCAAUUUUAAUGGACCUUCACUGCUUCCGAAGGAAGAUCGGAAUUUAUUAAACAAAGUUAUCUUUUUAAAUCGGAAAAUCUGCCAAAUUCCAAUCGGGAUCAUUAGCUUGGGCACAUUUAUUCAUCCAGAUAUUGUGUCAAAACCGAAAUUACCCUUCAUUGGUCCAUUACGUCGAAGCUUUUUAGAAUCGGAAGAAGAGAUGCUGAAUAGACUAGAAGACAAAGCUAAAUCAAGUCCAUUGCAUGAAUAUACACUUUUGAUGAAAGUGAAAAAUCAACGGGAAAAAUUUGAUGUGAUCAAAAAUCCAGAUGAAUUCCAAAAAUUAAUCGAUUCCGUCAGCAUUUUGCUUAUCGAAAUUGAGGCUCAGUUACAACAUCAAGACAAAGAUAGUUGGCUAUGCUGUAACGAAUUCACAUUGGCCGAUAUGAGUCUAGGUGUUUUAUUGCAUCGACUACAGCAGCUGGGUCUUGAAAAGCAUUUCUGGGGCAACAAUAAAAAACCAUACCUUGCCAAGUAUUUCACCCGAAUUGCGCAAAGAAAAGCGUUUCAAAAAUCGCAUCCCUCAACAACAGCCACAAUGAAAGCGGCGUGGGUCAAAUUACCGUACAGUUACAAAGUAUUUGCGGUGAGCAUACCAACUGUAGUGAUUGGCAUUCUAAUUUACAAUGCUUAGCUACCACAUACACAUUUGAUAAAAAUGCACACACCCGAUUUCUUAUGAAUUAAUGGAUUUAUUAUCGAAUCAUUCGCUUCAUUUCCCCUUCGAUGAGUGAUAUCUGUAUAUAAUUAAUUGACCAAAAGGCGCACUCAAUAAACAAUUCAAUUAGACAAAAUUACACCUAGUAAACGCUAAAUAAAUGUUGAUAGUAAACAAAGUUCUGUUAAUUGACAAAAAAUGACCCGAGUUUUGAUUAUAUAUUUAGAUUAAGUAGA